AUAUAGCUAGGAUCCACUGCUCCUCCCACGAUGAUGACUGACAGGCGAUGGGCCUGCUCUAGUCCGCAGUCUCCGCGAUCCGGGCGAAUCGUAGUCCGGCCAGUUGCAAUUUGUCACAGUCGAAACCAUCAUGCUGAAGCUCAGCCUGGUGGCCUGGCUCAUAUUUUCGCUGGCCUGGCGCACCACGCCCACCGCCUGUCGCCAGACCAACGCUCCCCAGAGCGUCCAGGAAAUGCUGGCCGAGCAGCUGCAGAGCUACAUGGACACGAAGGCGCGUCCCUGCGAGAACUUCUACCAGUAUGCCUGCGGGAACUGGCAGAUCCAGCAGCAGGAACAGCACUCCCUGCGCGACAGGGAUUGGACGAGGGAUCGGCAGCGGUAUCAGGGUCAGCUGCUGCCCACCGACACCCUGGGACUGAUAGACCACUCCGUGAACCGGAGGCUGGAGCUGCUGCUGCGGCGAAGGAAUGAGAGCUCCACCGAGUCGGACUCCUCGAUUCUGGAGCAGAUGCGACUCUACUACCGUUCGUGUAAGCGCCUUAAGCCGUACAACCUCAAGAAGUACCUGCAGCUCCUGCCGCCCAGCAACUCCACGCAGUGGCCAUCGGUGGGUCGUGGCUGGCGUCCGGAGCAGUUCGAUUGGAUAACGACCUUGGGUCGACUGCGUCUGCACGGACUGAACGGGGUGCUGCUGCGGGAGGAGGUCCUGCCGCGAUGGGAUGAUUCGCGCAACUACAGCAUCUAUGUGAACAAGCCGAGUCGCCAGGAGACGCAGCCCACAGGAGAAGGUGCCAUGAUCGAACUGCUUCUGGACAUCGGACAGACAAAGCGCACGGCCAACGCCUUGGCUCGCCAGGUGGACGACUUCGAGCGGAAGUUGCACCGCCUGCAGGAGCUGGAGGACGACGAAGGACCGCGAGAAAUGCAGCUGGGCUACUUGGACUCGUACCUGCCGCAGCUACGCUGGCUGUCCUUUAUGCGCCAGGUGCGAAUCGACUCCGAGCUGGAUCUGCGCUCCACACUGAUCAUCGAGAAUAUUCCGUACCUCAGGGCACUCAGCGACCUGGUGGAAUCGGAGAGCCCGGACACCGUCUGCAGCUACAUCAUGCUCAAGUGGUUGGCCUUCCUUAAGCAACAGGGACCCGCGGACAUUUCACGAGGUGAGUGCGUGGCCGCCCUCAGGAGGGCCAUGCCUCUGGCCAGUAGCUGGCUGGUGGGCCAGCAAUUUUCCGACCCGGAAUCCGAAUCCUACGUCCGCUCACUGUUCCAGCGCUUGAAGGUGCGAUUUGGCCAGAUCUUGGCCGAGAACCGGAUGAGGCUAUCGCCACCACUGGUGCACAUCCUGCAGCAGAAACUGCACGCAGUUCGACUGCAGAUGGGUUUCUUUCAACCGGACGAAAUGGAGGAUGUGGAGCAGUACCACGUCCGCGUCGACCUGAGCGGCCACUCCUUCUACGGCAACCAGCUGGUCUUGCUGCGCCAACGCGCAGAGGCGAACCACGAUCUGCUCUACAUAAACGUGACAAACUUCGCCAAUUCCACGGGGAGCAACUUGAGUUACCUGUCGGAAAGCUGGGAGGCCAGCAACUCGUCGCCCCUGUAUGUCAGACCACGCAAUCUGGUCCUGGUGCCACACGGUCUGCUCCAACUGCCCAUAUGGCAUCGAAACAUAAGCGCCCUGCAGCAGCACGCCGUUAUGGGAUUCGUCCUGGCCCACGAGCUGGCACACGGAUUCGAUAUGUCGGGAAUGGACUACGACGCACUGGGUAACAUCAUGGGGCCCGUGGAGGAGAUCGGCGCUAGCCGACAGUUUCGACAAGGACUCCAGUGUCUGCAGCAGCAGAUGGCCACCGGUUCCAAGUGGAUCGACGAAAAGCUGGCCGACUUUGUGGCUCUGCGGCUGGCGUAUGAGACCUUCUUCGGGGUGCGGGACAAGCGGGAGCCCAGGGAUCCUCUGAUGCCGCAGUUCAGCCAGCGGCAGCUAUUCUUCAUCAGCUUCGCCCAGUUCUUUUGCGGUCGGACGCCCGUCCUCAGUCCGCGUUCUCAGUCGGAGGCUCAUUUGAAGCACGCCGCGGAUGAGCUGCGUGUGAUGCAGACGCUGGCGAACUUUGAAGAGUUCUCGAGGGAGUUCGGAUGCGAUAAGAAGGCCAAGAUGCAGGCCAGCCAGCGAUGCCGCAUCUGGUAAUGGUUCUCUUUCCAUCUCUCCCUCCGGACAUCGCAGGAUCCAGUGAUGAAUAAAUAAAAUCUCACCUAA